AUGGCCGUGCACGUCGAGCUGCACGCCUUGCCGGCGCUGAGCAUCGCUGAGCAUCGCACGCGAGCGCUAAAGUAUGCGUCCACGAGCAAUGUGGCCGGCGUACUUGUGGGCCAUGUGAUGGACGGCACCCGCUACGAGGUAGUGGAUUCGCUAGCCGCGCCCCUCCGUGACGAUGCGCAAGUCGACACGGAGGCGCUGCGGCUGGCAUGGGCUCUGCACCAGCAGGUAUGGCCUGGCAGACAAGUGGUGGGCUGGUAUGCACUCGGUACCGAGCCUGCUCCCCACCAUGCACACAUGCAUGCCACUUUCCUCCGCUGCCUCUCUCCAGACACGCCCCUUACGCUCGUCCUCUUGAGCGAGGCUGCAUGGCAUGCCUUCUCGCACAACGAUACAUGGUCACCCGCCACGGUAUCGCUACCAUCCUCUGCGACCGAGCGUAUCGUGCUGAAUGACGCCCAUCAACGAGCGCGCUUCACGGACGACGCCCCCUCUGAUGCACCCCGCACGCACCAUAUCCUUGCAUCGAUGCAGUCGGAACGCCGCGCUCUUCAAAUGCUGUGUGAUCGCCUCACCGUCGCAUGCGACUAUGUUGACGGCGUGUGCCAAGGCACCCAGCCCCACGACCCCGCCAUCCUGCGUGACUUGGCUACGGCCGUGGUAAAUCGACGUCCCGCUCCACAGACACACGACGAGACAGAUGCCCUUCGCAGCACCUAUCUCGCUACGCUACUCAACAACCUACAUACGCUCCAUGAGAUCACCGAGGUCCAUGCAUUUGCCUCGUCCACGGCCCCCGCGGCCACCAGUGGAGGUGGUCGCCUGGUCCCAGACCGUCUGCCAUAG